AGGGAUAACACGGUGUGCUCAGUUCGGCUAAACCACGCCUACUUUUGCUUUGCGACGGCUAUAGAUUCCCAGGGCUAUCAACCGUGAAAAGUAAAAAAAAUUUAGCGUUGGUAAGUUGGGUAUGCUGCAUCUAUCGUCCUUGUUUCACGCAUUCGAGCGUCGUAGUUUCUCUUUCUAUCUUUGGGCCUGUUCUUUAUUACUGCACUACUGAACUAGUGCACUAGGCCUUUUGUACACGCGAUCAAGGUUAUGAUCACUCCGUUUUCUAUGUAGGCAAGAAUUUCGGAAGAUUUAUUUUGCUUGUAAGAAUUUCGGAAAAAUCAUUGAGAUCAGUGAUUGUACAAAAUGGUGAAUUCGUGCAUAGUGAGUGGUUGCAAUAGCAAUUCAAAUGGUUAUAGCGGUGAGCGUAUUAAUUUUUUUCUAUUGCCAAAAAAUCAAAUUAUACGCGAAGCUUGGCUGCGAAAAAUCGGAGAAAAUAGCAUAUCUAAAAAUACAGCAAAAGUGUGUUCGCUGCAUUUUUCUGAGGACUCAUUCGUAGUACCAAAGAAAAAAUCAAAAGUUCCCGAUUGCAAGAAAAGACUGCGCCUUUUACAAACUGCUAUACCGACUUUAUUUUUAACGUCAACAGAAAAGAGAGCUGAUAAUCCAGUAAACUUGGAUUUAAAUAUCAUUCGUCAAGAAUUUCCACUUGUCUGCAAUCCAGGCACAAGCAGGGUUAUAGCCGAUGAGCGUGAAAAAACCAACAGUGGAACUGACGCAUUGAAUGAAUUAUGCGAUACAAAUGAAAAUCUUGAUGGUCCGAAUGAAACUGAUGGCAUUACAGCAACACCAAAAAGGCAUUCUCGAAGUAAUCCGUGGUUGAACAAACGGUAUCGAGUUAUUGGUUCACCACCAAGUGCAUUACAUACACUCGAGAAUGAAUGCAAUUUUACGUUUCCUAGAAGAUCAUUGAAAUUUCAACCGCAUGCAUACAAUGUUAGAGCAAGCGCAUUAAGAAAGCGCAAACAACGUGGCAAGGCGCAUUCAAAAAGAAGCGCUGAAGUUACUCCAGAAGGAGCAAUAAUAUGCAGCGACGAAAAUACCCCUUUGUCGACACGUAGACAACGCUUUUUCAUGGACAACUGUGAUAAAAGCGUCAUUACCAGUGCCUCAAAGCCGACCGAAAUGGACAAGUUACGAGCAGAAGUGACGUUACUUAAGGCAGAAGUGCAUCAUUAUCGGUCACUGCACGCAUUUCACAUGCAAUCAAAUUGCACAGAUUUGGCAAUGCAAACACCAGUAGAAGCAGAAAACGAGGCAUUGAAGCAACUAUUGCAAGAGAAAGAGGAACAAGUCAAGAAGAUUUCUGCCGAAAAGGAAGAAAUGUUAAAAUUAAUUAACGAUCUUCAAGCACAAUUGGCGAGCAUUUAUACUGCAAUCGGAAAAGCUCCUCAAGAAAGAGAAGAAUACGUUAGAACGCUAUUAAAACCCUACUUCACAGAAGGGCAAAUACAGUGCAUUUUGACGCAGAAAAAAUGGAUUCAGUGGUCCAUCGAUGACUAUGCUUCAGCCAUUUCGUUACGGAACGUAAGUCCGAAAGCUUACCGUUAUCUUCGUACGAAAUUGAAUUACCCUUUGCCAUCGUUACAGUCAUUAAGAAGAUGGGCCGCGUGGAAGAAAGGGAGAAGGAGAGGAAGUGUAAAGGGUUCGGGAACGCUCCCUUCAAAAGCGCCACUUUUGCCCGAAAGGGAAUAAAGUUACUUACUUACUA